AUGCGCUGGCUGUGGCCCCUGGCCGUCUCUCUCGCUGCGGCGUCGGCCACCGGCCUGUACGGUGUCUUGGGCAGGUCCAGAGCCGAGGAGGCCCAGGAGCAGCAGGGCCGAGCCAGGAGAGGCACUGAGGAUGAGAAGGCCAAGGGCGUGCAGCACUACGUGCCUGAGGAGUGGGCUGAGUACCCCCGGCCCAUCCGCCCUGCUGGUCUGCAGCCCACCGAGCCCUUGGUGGCCACCAGCCCCCUCCCGGACAAGGACAGAGGCACGCCAGGCAGCGGGCAGCAGCUGAGGGCCAACCUGACGGGGUCCCCGGGCCAGAGGCUGCGGAUUCAGAACCCCCUGUACCCGGUGACCGAGAGCUCCUACAGCGCCUACGCCGUCAUGCUCCUGGCCCUGGUGGUAUUUGCCGUGGGCAUCGUGGGCAACCUGUCGGUCAUGUGCAUCGUGUGGCACAGCUACUACCUGAAGAGCGCCUGGAACUCCAUCCUCGCCAGCCUGGCCCUCUGGGACUUCCUGGUCCUCUUCUUCUGCCUCCCUGUGGUCGUCUUCAAUGAAGUCACCAAGCAGAGGCUGCUGGGGGACAUCUCUUGCCGGGCCGUGCCCUUUGUGGAGGUGUCCUGUCUGGGAGUCACCACCUUCAGCCUGUGUGCCCUGGGCAUCGACCGCUUCCACGUGGCCACCAGCACCCUGCCUAAGGUGAGGCCCAUCGAGCGCUGUCAGUCGAUCCUGGCCAAGCUGGCCGUCAUCUGGGUGGGCUCCAUGACACUGGCCGUGCCCGAGCUCCUGCUGUGGCAGCUGGCACAGGAGCCCUCCCCUGCCUGGGGCUCCGAGGACUCGUGUGUGAUGAAGCCCUCUGCCAGCCUGCCCGAGUCCCUGUACUCGCUGGUGAUGACCUACCAGAACGCCCGCAUGUGGUGGUACUUUGGCUGCUACUUCUGCCUGCCCAUCCUCUUCACCGUCACCUGCCAGCUGGUGACGUGGCGGGUGCGGGGCCCGCCGGGACGCAAGCACGAGCAGUGUGAGAGCCAGCUCAACCGCACCGUGGUGGGCCUGACCGUGGUCUACGCCUUCUGCGCGCUGCCGGAGAACGUGUGCAACGUGACGGUGGCCUACCUCUCCCCGGAGCUCAGCCGCCAGACGCUGGGCCUGCUGGGCCUGGUCACCCAGUUCUCCAUCUUCUUCAAGGGCGCCAUCACGCCCGUACUCCUGCUGUGCAUCUGUAGGCCGCUGGGCCAGGCCUUCCUGGACUGCUGCUGCUGCUGCUGCUGUGACCAGUGUGCGGGCGCCUCCGAGGCCUCGGCGCCCAGCGGCGGCUCGGACAAGCUCAAGGCCGAGGCGUCCUCCUCCCUCUACUUCCACGAGCCCAGGGAGUCGCCCCCGCUCCUGCCCCUGGGUACCCCGUGCUGA